AUGGGAUUUCUAUUCCAGUUGGCAGCAGUAUUAUUAUCAGUUGAAACAUUCAUAUCUUGCAGAAUUCCACGAAUGCCGAUGAUGAGCGCAUCGACUAUGAUCGUUUUUGUGGUGCUGGUAUCGCUGGAAGAGCGACUGUGCGUACGAACCGACGAGGACCUUAUUAAGAUCGUUGAGAAAGCCUGCACUAACAACAAUCGGCUGUGUCCGAAACCAGAAUAUUACACUUUCUCGGAAGACGGUGACUUUUCAUGGAACAAAGAACGAUUGCUUGGGUCUUCUCAAAUAAAUUUAUUUCGGAAGACGUUUUUAGCGGAACAGAUCCUGAUUCCAGCCCUUCGAUCGACUUUCUGUUGCGUCGAGGGUCAAUGCCUUCUCAGAUGCGGUCUUCAGCCACAAAAAGAAUCCGAACUGGUUGCGAACUUUCCUAAUAACGCCCGAAAGCUUCUUGCAUUGAACUAUGAGCCGUUCAAACCUCAUCAUAAAAAUCUGAUUCAAUAUUUGGAAGAUCUAAGAUCCGGAAAUGAAACAUUAGGACAAUAUCCUGCCGAGAUUGAAGACUUCCUUGAUGUUUUGCAUGAGCAUACUCACAUCGUGAAGCCGCUUCUCGACGAGAAGGAAAACGUCUCUUGA